GUAACUGCGUAUUUUAUUGCCCCGUCAAUUCAACAUUUUAUUUCGGUGCAAGACCCAUGUUAUUUGGCAAACACCUGCAACCAUACAUGGAUUUCUGAAUGUGGUUCAGACAUAUCCCAUUCAAGCACACGAAUGUUUUUGGACGAAUGUGACAGGUUCGAAUACAAUUGUGACAAUAAAAAAGACUACAUUAGAGUAGAUAUGUCUAAAUGUCAGCAAUCUUCUGAGACAACUAAAGAACCAACUGAAACAUCGAUGACUGAUUCUACUAUAACUGAGUCACCACCAUCAACUGAAGCAACAACAACCGAGUUGACUACAACUACGCCCAUUACAACUGAAUCAACUACUAAAGAGUCCACUACAACCGAGUCAACUACUACAGAUCCGACUAAAACAACAACUACAACUGAGUCGACUACAACGCAGCCAAUUACUACAGAAUCAACUACAACCGAGCCAACGACAACUGAGUCAACCACAACUGAGUCAACUACUACAGAAUCAACUACAACCGAGUUAACGACAACUGGGUCAACGACAACUGAGUCAAGCACAACUGAGUCAACUACAACCAAGUCAACUACAACCCAGCCACCCACUACAGAGUUAACUACAACUGAGUCAACUACACCUGAAUCUACAACAACUGAAUCAACGACUGAAACAACUGUAGUAACUGCUUCACUAUCAACUGAGCCUUUAACUACAGCAUCAUCCACCGACUGCACAAGACCACCAAAGAUAGUACAGACUGGAUGCAAUGGAAGUACUACAACGGAAACUACUACUUCCACUACAGAACCUACAACAACAACUACUACUACAGAACCUACUACUACUACAACAGAACCUACAACUACUACUACACCAGAACCUACAACAACUACUACAGAACCUACGAGUACUUCUACUAUAGAAAACACCACUACAACUACUACUACAGAAACUCCAAGUACUACUGAUACUACAGUAACAACCAGCCCUAAUAUCACAGAAACAACUACACCUAAUGCAACAACAGCUACAAUGAGCAUUUGUAAUGACUACCCUAAGGAUUGUGAUCGACCCGUAACUUGGGAAACGACAGUGGAAGGAGAGACAAGGGACUUCUUCCAAAUAUUAAAAGAACGAUUCGGGAGAAGAGCUAGGAUGAUGAAGUAUACUACCCAUUGGCCGAAAAACCUGGGACUGUAUGUCAAGAACAGAGAAAAUGCAGCAUUUCUAUUCGGUAACCAUAUUGAGAGACGCAGCGAAAGUCAGUAA